AUGAUCGUCACGCUCUAUCCCCAGUUAUCACCUUCCUAUUUCUUUCAUGAUCAUCACGCUCUAUCCCCAGUCAUCAGCGCAAAAAAUCUUAAAGUCCCUUCAUACCGCAUGCCCACAGGCAUUUACAUAUCCAUCGAAAUUGAUUCCCGAAGACACUGGAAAUCAACCUUCAAAGUCCUAUCAUCCAAAGAAUCUGUAGCGUGGGGGGAUACUGUGACUCUAUCAUUGCAUGCCUCAACUGCUGGAGAGGUCAUAGCGACACUUGAAACAUCAUGGGAUGAGCUACUUGAUCAUGGAGAUGAACCAUUCGAUCUAUCCUUUCCACCUGUUCAUGAUGUCCACCCUUCCCUCAUGCUCAAGACUACUUUUGUACAUGCUUGUGAGGGCCAGGACAGCGCACUGUUUGAUCGAACUUCAGACUGGCAUUGCAUCACCCGACUCAAGGAUUCCCACAGCGCAUCAUGCGGGCACCAGUCGCCUUCAGCUCCAAACACUGACACUGCAGUUCCAGAUGCUAGUUCUCAGCCACUGGACUACACUACAUAUAGUGAUUCCAAGUCCAAGAAAAAAGACAAAAGGGAGAAACUUGUAAAUGAGACAUUCAUUGUUGUACAACCUCUACCCAGUAAAUCAAAUCACCUGCUCAAUCUCCAGGUUCAACUUGUACCUCCACAAUCUCAUCAUGAUCAAUCCCAUGCAACUGUCCAGGCUCUUGACCAGUCAGCUCAAGAUACAGCUGACACCACUUCUGAUUCCACUGAUCUUCAAAGAACAGAUUCUGGUCAGUCUGUGUUCUCAGCUUACACCUCUGCAUCCUCUGUAUCAUCAUUUGCUUUGACAUCAACUACGAAUUCAGGGUGUCACAUGAUCAUUCCACUAUAUAAUCUUCAAGCUCACAACAUCAUGACCAAUGUCAUAGUGGAUGCUGGCACUGACACUAAAGUGGCUAGAUUCGCCAAGAGGGGUUUAGAAAUUCUUGGUCUGGCCAUCCUCAAACCUAUCAAAGUCUGGGGCACUGUUCUGUUGCCAGGUGCUUUACUGCCAAGCAGCAGCAUGCACACUAGCAUUGAUGAUUCCAAACAAGAACUAGGCUUGUUCCCUCAGCCACACACACACUCCUCAACCAGUAGGCCUACUACACCCAAAGUCUUCACCACCACCCUUUCGCCUUCACCCACAGAAAUCAUUCAUAAACCCAGCUUCACCCUAACCCCUGCUACCCCAGAAGACACUAUAACCACAUAA